UGCUGUUUCUGCUACAAUUCACGCUGUUUUUCCAACUAACCACGAUGAAUAAUGAUUCGAUUAACACAUUUUACGUAUCUUUUAUUUCCCAGUGAAUAUGGCGCAGAAAACAUGGCAAAAUCCGACGCUUUAGCUGCGAAAUGACAGUUAGCAUUGGCGUUAGCUUGCACCGGGCUCGUACAUGCACAUGGUCCUGGUGGGAGUUCAAACUUUGGCUCCUGCAUUCCUGGAUUAUCUUAUUUUUUUUUCACCGUUGGCUCCAAGACGCUGCUGCUGCUGCUCCCACCAUGCCUGCUCAACUGUGAGAGAAUGAAACCCAAGGAAGUGCUGCGAGGGAGGGGUCUGCCGCUUUAAAGCCUCUCAGCGCUCCGGCUGUUUAUUCUGAGACGUGACAAGACCAAGGAAGUACUGAACACACUUACAGAAAAGCCAUGGAGAAAGACGUGGAGGACUUGGUGGAGAUGAUACGGCUGUAUCCAGAGGGCAUCCCUGUGAAAAAGCUGGCCAUGGCCUUCCAGCAGACCUUUCAUCGCAACCUGUGUCCAGGGGACCUGGGCUGGGACUCCUUGGCUAGCCUAUUAGAUGACCUGGAUGAAGAGCUGCUUGUUAAAGAUGGAAAAGUAUUCCACAAGACUGUCUACACUGGGGACAGCAUUGUGAAGCCUAAAACGCCCAAGCUAACCAAAGCAGAUCGUGAAAAAAUAAUCCAGAACAUUCUGACCAUGAUUAAGGAGCAUCCAAAAGGAAUUCGUCUGAAAACCUUGGGCUCUGUAUAUGUGCAGAAAUACAAGAAAAAAAUGUUCCUAACACAACUUGGUUUCACAACAAUGGAAGGGCUGGUGGAGUCCCUAAGCGAGCAUCUAUUUGUGAAAGGAAAGCGUGUGGUUCAUAACAUGUACAUGAAGCAACAAGAAACCCCCAACUGUCCAGAACCUAGCGAUCUCCAGUCAGCUGCCUGCCCCACAGAGGGGGUUUUACCCAAGGCUGCACUCUCCUUCCUGGGGCCUCCACUGUUCAACACGCCCUCUGUGUUCGGCACAACUAGUCUACUCACGACCUUACCCAGCACUGCGCCCAGACCGGAGCUAAGGCUGACCCAGGACCAGCUGUUUGAACGGGUCAUGGAGGUCAUGCAGAAGUACAACCUGGACGACCCCCCAAUCACCAAGCUCCAAAGCUGCUAUUUGAAACACUUUGGCUCAGAGCUUCCCUUUGCUCAAUAUCUGUCGCUAUAUGACAACUGGAAGACAUCCAGUAGUAAAGGCAGCGGCAACCCCGACAACACCAAGACAGCAGCACAACCACAACCAGCAGAGGGAGCUACAGCACCUAAAUGCCCCAUUGGAAAUGGAGCUUGGAAAAAUCCUGAAGUUGCACCUGUGACGGCCGCCUCCUUCGGCCUCCUCUUGGACAACGACUUCCCCGCGCUGGGAGCAAAAGUACCCCAAAAGCAGAGCUCCACGGUUGGGACGACUGACGCACCAAAGCCCAAGAGCAGCAGCAGUAGCGUGUUCAUGGAGGGCUACCACAGACAGCUGAGGGAGGUGCACGGGGCCAACAUGAGGGCGGUUGAGGCCAUGGAGGAGGCUGGGGGACGAGAGAGGAGCUGGAGCACGAGGCUGGACCCAGACAACGUCCACAACCUCAUGAAGGACGUGAUACGGGACAUUGCCUCGGAGGGAGAGCUCGUCACCAAAGAGCGGGUAAUUUCCCAAACCUGCCAGCUGCUGCAGAUCACCUCUUUGGAAUCAGCCCGAAUCAAGCCCUGGCAGAUCCAGGCUCUUAAAGACCUGCAGUACACUAUAAGAGAGGUCAACAUGUUCUUGGAGGCCACAGAGUCGGUGUCGUGCAUGUGUACACUGUAUGAGCUGGGUCAGGCACUGGCUGCACUUAAAGACAAGAAGCGCUACGAGGAGCUGAACCUGGGCCCUCUGUGCAAACUGCCCUUGGUGCACCGCAUGUUCAAGAUCGACGGCAACACCAAAGACGAUGACAUCCAACAGAUCCAGACUGUGGACAUACUUAAGCAUCUUCGCAAUUUUCGAAGGAAAAAUACCAAAGUUAAAGUCGACCUUGCAGAUUUUAUGAAGUACCUGGCUGAUCAGUACAACUGUGACUCUCCCUAUGAGCUGGGCAUCCGCAUUCACAGUGUGGGCCUCCCUAUUUCAACCCUAUCGAAGGUUUCCCGCAAUGAGCAUGCUCUGCUGGAGAACGCCCGAGAGCAGAUCCAGAAGGAGCUGGAGGAGGAGACGCUGGGGCGGCUGAGGAAAAUUAAGAGAAGUGUAUUGGAUGCCCUCCCAGCCUCUGUGCCCGGGGACAACACCGACCUGAGGAAGAAGUACGCCAGUCUGACCGCGGCUGAGGUGGUGCUGGCUGUCUUCUCCAACGCAGAGGGAGUGUUCAGCCCCAGGAUGACCAAGCAUGUGCAGGCCUUCCUGCUGCAGGUGUCUGGGGACCGUCUGGCCACAGCUCUGUUUCAGCUGUCCAUCUGUGGAGGCUCCCUGGCCCAACCUCAGGACCUAGUGCUUAAGGACAAGAGCUCCAAAGCCCACGAGCAGACCAAACCAGAGGAGAAGCCCUCCAAACCGCGCCCCACUGAAGGUGCAGUGCAGCAGUUUGUGAAGGACAGCCUCUCCUCUCACACCUCCACCAUCACUCUGGCUUUCAUGGCUGCUCUGGAGAAGAAACUCAUUAAGCACUUCUACCUCCAGAACUUCCUCUGCUUGGAGAUGGGCACCUUCUUGGACUUCCUUGUGAAACACGUGCAGCUGGUGCAGGAGUGCCUGGGCUCGGCUCUGUUCCUCAGUAGCAGCAGUGUUGGGCUGGGGGGCGCUGGGUUCAGGCCCACUCGUCAGGACGUGUUUGAGUUCAUCAAACAGUGUGGGGAUCUGAACCAUACAGACCCAGAGCAGCUCUCAUUGAUAGAGACAGCACUGCGCUCCCAUUACAGGCUGAGGGACAGCAGAGACCUGGGCUUUGGGGCUCUGCACAGACUGGCCGGCCUAGUGCAGCAGCAGAAGCAACUGUCCGGAGGAGGACUCAGCCCGGUCUACUACGAGCUGGCACUGCUGGUCAAACGCAGCAGCUCAAGCGCUGAGGUCGAGGGUGAGUCCGUGGGACGCCUGGGGGAGAUGUCCAAGGACCAGGCCCUGUCCAGUCUACUGUCCUGCCCCCUCCUGGAGGACUUAGGCCAGUGGAGCCAAUGGGACCUCGUGUUCAAACCUCUCUAUGGCCCUUUGAAAGAUUUUAUUGAAAGAAAUGCAGGCACCAGUGGUCUCUCUGCUCUGGAAGUGUGCCCCGGGGUGCUGCUCAGGACCACAUCGCACACAGGAGAGCAGGACUUCAGUGUAGCUGCAGAGAGCCUGGACGCCGUGGGCACUGCGGGGCAUCUGGUGUCCAUGGUGGUGGCCUACGGGGUGGACAACGCCCCCCUGGCUCUGCUGGCCAAUCACAUGCAGAGCUCAUUGGCAGCGGCUGUGGCCAGAGAAGAUUUGUCCCAGGCUCAUGAAGACGUGUCAUGCUACAGAAGAGUGGCUGAGUUUGUUUUGGCUUGUUUAGUUCGAAUCCCCACAAGAACCUGCAGGACUCUGAUGCAGCAGGUGUUUCUGGAGCCCUUUUCCAAAGUGCUGGGUCAGACGCGCUCUAAGGUAGUUCUGAUGAGCGUGGCCCAGUCAAACCCACAGCACCUGAACCUCCUGCACCGCCUGGGCAUCCUGCUAGGCAUCACAGACUGGAUUAAGGACUACUACAGGAAGCUGAACCCGCCUCUGCUCCAGGAGAGACCCACAUGCCAAGAGGCAGUGAGGGGGGCCAAGUCUAAUAACAUACAUUCAGAGAGCAGCAGUGAGUUUGACUUGAGUGACACUGAGGAUACUGAUAUGUUAGACACCUCCUCUUCUCUAAACCUACGAGUGAAUGGUGACAUGGACGUCAAAGUGGAGGAGGAAGAAGAAGAAGAAGAGGAGGAGGAAGAUGACGAGGAGCUGUACGAGCUGGCCAGUAUUCCUAACAGAGAGGCUACAGAUCAGAGCAGCGAGGGAGAACCAAGCCCAGAGGGAGACCAAAGAGAAGGAGACACAGACCAAGAGCAGCAGGCCCAAGUCACGGAGGAGAGAGGGGGGCUGUGUCCAGAACAAGCCCUCAUCGAAGACAUCAGGAAGAGUGAGUUUGGAGUGGGCGUGGAGCUGACCGCAGAGGGCCAGAAGCUGAUGCAGGUGCACCAGGAGCGCCUGGGCCGAAGCCUGGAUCGCCUCUCCACAGAGCUCUACAGCAAAGACACACACUUUGUCCUGGAGCUCAUUCAGAAUGCAGACGACAACAGUUAUGCAUUAGAGGAUGGAGUGACCCCUGCCCUGGCCUUUGUGGUGGAGAGAGACUGCAUCACUGUACUCAACAAUGAGACAGGCUUUCAGGAGAAAAACAUCCGGGCGAUCUGCGAUGUGGGCCGCAGUACCAAGGGAAAGCACACGUACGGAUACAUAGGACAAAAAGGGAUCGGGUUUAAGUCUGUGUUCAAGGUAACAGACUGUCCUGAGAUCCACUCCAAUGGCUUCCACCUGCGCUUUGACAAGACCUGUGGACCCAUGGGUUACAUCCUGCCCCACUGGACUGAGGACCAGAGGGAUGUGAGCCCCCUGCUGGAGGACAUCAGCCACCACAGCUGGAGCACAAAGAUCUGCCUGCCCCUGCGCUCUGAGAGUCACCAGACCAGAAACCUGUUCCAUGAUGUGCACCCGUCUCUCCUACUGUUCCUGCACCGCCUGCGUUCCAUCACCAUCUACAACCAGCUGGAGAACCGCCAUGUCACCAUGUCGCGUAAAGACCUGAGCCAUAACGUGCUGGAGGUGGAGCACACUGAGGGCAUGGAGCGCUGGCUGGUCAUCAAGAGCAUGCUCACUCCACGGAAGAUCAAAGACGGAGUGGAGGCGACAGAGCUGGCUCUGGCCUUCCAGCUGAGCACAAAGGACACAGGGAAUGAGGUCAUAGGGCAGCCGCAGAAACAGCCCGUGUUUGCCUACCUGCCCCUCCGCACCUUUGGCUUCCGCUUCAUCAUCCAGGGGGACUUUGACAUCCCCUCAUCUCGAGAGGACGUGGACCGAGACAGCUCCUGGAACCAGUGGCUCCGCUCGGAAAUCCCUCAGCUCUUUCUGCAGGCCAUGGAGGUCUUUAAUACCCACCCAGACUUCAGAGGGCUCCGAGGUCUGUGCCACUUCCUCCAGUUCAUCCCUCUGCCCGAUGAGAUCCUGGACUUCUUCAAACCCGUGGCACAGCACAUCAUCCAGCUGCUCAAAGGGAGAGCCUUCCUGCCCACGCUCAGCACAGAUGGUAAAGUGGUGUACAAGCUGCCCUCCCAGGUGGCCGUGUGUCAGGACCCUGUGAUCCGUGAUGUGAUUGGAGGAGAGGAGCUGGAGAAGCACCUGUCCCUGUCUUACCUGCACCCCGGCCUCAGCCCCGCCCCUCCAUCUUCCCUGCUGCGAGAGCUGGGGGUGCGCUACCUAAGAGGGCCAGACGUCACCACGGUAACCUCCGCCAUGGCCAAAGACCUCAUGAAGAUGGAGGGCAUUCACUCAGAGGGCGGGCUGCAGAAACUGGCCAAGCUGCUGGUGUGUAACUUUCGCGCUCUGGAGCACGGAUACGGAGAGGCCGACUCCAUCCUGCAGACACUCAGAGACUUACCCAUAAUCCCCCUGUCUGACGGCCGCGUGGUGGCCCUCAGCACAGAGGGAGUCUUCUUCCCUAUGGAGGAGACCAGCAACAAGAAGAACAAGAGCAAGGCUCACAACACUGGCCCCCUGAGCGCGCUGUACCAGGACGUGUGCGUGGUCCACCCCACCCUGCUCAGCUGCAUGGACCCUCUGGAGAGUCAGCAGGUCAGGGAGCUGCUCAGGAGGCUGGGCGUACAUGAGCUGGAGCCAGAGGAGCUGCUUCAACAACACAUCUACCCGGCCAUACAUAGUGCCAAGUGGAAGUCCAAACCAGAGGCGGUGGUGGUGAGCUACUUGGUGUUCAUAAAGCAGCACUCCUCAUCCUCCUCUAUGCAGGAGCUGUCUGACACUGCAGUCCCUGUGCUCACCAGCAGGGGGCUGCUCUGUCCCAAAGACAGCCGAGUCUACUUCUCUGAGGAGUACGGCAACAUCAACCUAAACAGCAGACUGCCCGGCCAUGAGUGGGUGCUGCUGAGCCCCUGUUACGCAAAGGCAGACUCGGACGUGGCCGGCUGGAGAGAGCUCUUCACCAAACUGGGAGUGAAAGAUGGCUUUAUCAUCAGGAAGGAGAGGAGGACACUCACACCAAAGGAACUGGCGUCCAGUCCAUGGUCAGUGGAGAGCUCCCGGUGGUGCCAGAGCCGCUCGGAGGGCUGUGUCAUUGAUGAUUACCCCUGUGAGGAGUUCUACAGCCUAGCCAUGGCUCAGCUUCCCGACCCCCUUCUCCUUCAGCAGAGAGCCGCCCUGCUGGAGCUGCUGGCUAACAACUGGGACUCUGGACACCACUACUCCCAGUACCUGACAGCCCAGGUGAUUGACAGAGACGGCCGGACAAUCGCAAGCACUCGCUCCUCUUUCUACUACUACCUGUGCCGCCUGGAGUGGGUGCCAGCACAUCACCCCGUGCAGAGCGGACAAGAGCAGAGAAGCUUCCUGUGCCCCAGCUCUGUGUACCUGUCCUCAGAGGAGAUAAGGGGACUGCUGGGGACGCACGUGUGGUAUGUGGACAUCCAGCCCAGCGAGUUCACCAGGGCACUAGGCAUGAGGAACACGGUGACGGUGGACUCUCUGAUCUCCUACCUGAAGGAGUGGUGUGGGGGGGCCCAGGCUGAGGGAGAGGAGCCUGAAGGGUCAGAGUUCACAUCCACAGUGGAGCACAUCCAUAAUGUGUACUCGUACCUGUACAAGAACUGUUCCCAGAGUGUGCUGAAGGAGCUGUUCCAACACACACCCGCUGUUUUUGUGCUGCUACAAAGGCACAGUGAGGAGUGGUGCUCGGGCCGGUUCUACCACCUGAAGGAUGUAUGCUGGAGCGACCCCACCUCCAUGUUUUUCCGAUACAAAAGCCUGACCCAGAACCCCUCCAGCCCUGUACAGGACCCCCGAGUGCUCGCCCCCUUCUACAACAACCUAGAGGACAUGAAGGAUUUCUUCACCAGGCUGCUGAGCGUGAACAAGAGCCCCAACAUAAAGCAGUACGUGGGCUUGUUGGACGUGGUGUGCUCCUCGUGUCCCAUACCCACCAGUGAGGUCCUGCAGGAUGUGUCUGUGCUCUACGCCACUCUGGCUAACAAGUGCAAAAUGCCAACUACUAUGGACCAGGAUGAGAGCACUCAACCCAGGCUCAACCUUGGAUACUGUUCUACCCUCAAAGGGAUGAUAUCUGAUCUGAGAGUGUUUCCCACUAAGGACAACACAUGGGUGAGUCUGUCCCGCAGGCCCAUGCUCAGUGACAGCAGAGAGCUGGAGAAGGUCUUCAAAGCCCACAAGGAGCUGUGCCUGCUCAACCUGCCCCCAGCCGAGAAGAACACAGCCAAGAAGACCAAGAGCUCCAGGCCUGGCCCCAGUACAACGUUCCAAGAGGAGGACCGGAGCUUGUUCCUGGACAUCUGUGGAAUCAAACCGCUGUCUGCCUGUGUGACCAGUGAAGCCCAAACAGAAAACCUGAGACCCUGCCCCAGUAUGCAAGAGAUGGUGCGCUCUGUGGUGCCUUACAUCCAGAGGUUCUUCUACCACCGAGAAGACCUGUCCGAAGUCUACUUUGAGCUGCAGGAGAGCAACAUCGCACACAAGAUCAAGAAACUCUCCUUUGGACAGGUGGGGAAGCUGUACCGGCGCUACCAGCUGGACCUCCCAGACUCGGACAGCAUCGUGGAGCUGGAGGACGUCGUCUGUCUUCUCAAAGACAACAAGGAGCUGUACAUCCAGAAGGACAACCUGGGAUCCAGGCUGGACAUCUGCAGGGAGCUGGUGAAGCUGUUCUGCUCUGAGGCGGCCCACAGGAAGGAGCUCAUGCACUUCCUGAGCGGACUCAUCACAUCUCUGCAUGACCACGCCGCUUUGAGGAGGUACCUGCAGAAGGAGGACAUCCGAGAGCUGCCUGAGGAAGAGGAGCAGUGGGAGGUCCCCGAGCCGCCUAAGCCCCCUCAGCCUGAGCCCAGCCUGGAGAGAGCUUUCUCCCAGUUCUCUGUGUCAGACGAGACCCCUCGGCCGUCACAGGAGGAUGGGGAGCAGACCCUGGUGUGCUGGCCCCCGCGAGCCUCCCUCUCCAACACAGGAGCCGCACGCAAAGCUGGAGAUGGUGUGGUGGAGGCAGUGAACAAGAUGUGGCCCCCGCCCGCUCCUCCCAAAGACAGGCAGUAUGAGGGCCCCUCAGAGCCCAGGGACCAUGCCUCCAGGGUCCUCUCCAGCCCUGCUCCCAUCAGCCAAGAGAACCAGCCCCGAGCCCCAGAGCACCUGCAGAGGGGACACGGACACAGCCAACAGCCCUCUGCUCCAACCACCAGCACCUCCAGACACACAGAGCCCCCAGAGUCCCGCCACAGAGCCCAGCCUGACGGACAGAGAGCAGAGGAGGCCCCUGCAGCGCCCAAACCUCCCAGCGCUCCUGAACACACCACCACGGAUACUACUGCUGCUACUGCUGCUGCCACUACUACUGCUGCUGCUCCUGCUGCUGCUCCAUCUGCCCUGCCCACUGACAGCUCCAUCCCCACCACUGCCCCCACAAGCCAGGCAGACAGCCCGUACGGAGAACACCCCCACAUAGUCCCAGGUCCAGAGGUGGUGGUGGUGUCCGGUGUGUUCCAGGGCAGUGCGGCUUCAGCAGACCCCCACCGCCCCCCUCUGCACAUGGACUUCCCCCAGUGGAAAGGGGACAUGUCUAUGGAGGACAUGGUGAUCGCCUGUGAGAAGCCCGACACUGUGUUCUUCUCUGACCAGAAGGACCUGGUGGCCAUCGGUGAGUGGGGGGAGCGCCUGGUGCACUCCUUCCUGUUACACUGGUGCAACGGCACUGACCCGGCCCGCCCUUCCUCCGUCUCCUGGUGCAACGAGCGCGGAGAGAGCGGCCAGCCCUACGACUUCCAGCUGUCCUUCACCCAUCCGCACGGAGACGCCACCACCGUCUUCAUUGAGGUCAAGUCCACGGUGAAGACGGACAAGGCCUUCGUGCAUAUGUCCGCCAACGAGCUGGACUUUGCUCUGAAGAAGAAGGAACAAUACCACAUUUACAGAGUGUACAGCGCCGGGGAUGCCCAGCAGGUCCGCCUGUGCCGCAUCCAGAACCUGGCACAGCACCUGCACACCAAGAACCUGGAGCUCUUUCUGUUUGUCUAAAUGGAUCGGCAUUCAAAGAGUCUGCACUAAAACAUGAUGGUGACACUUUAGUCCUGGGACCACGUGUGAAUCACUAACCAAGUGGGAAUCAGUAAGCUAAUUUAGUGGUUUUCACAAAAUGACUUGAAAGAUUUGGUUUUAAAAUGCUGACACUGUAUUUAAUGUAUUUCUUAACUGGUAACUUAAUAUUUUAGUAAAAUUAGAUCAGUUAAGCAUGAUUUUGAAUAUUUUUAACUGCAGUUAUUACAAACAUCUAAUUCAUUUUACCAUAGGGGUACCGAUAGGAGUGGGUGAUGUGCCAAAAAAUAUAAGCUCAAGAUUUUCUUGAAACAGAUCACAUUUUUUAGACUUACUAUAUACUGCCUGUAAGGACUCAAGUCAUCUCCGGCUCUUGAAAGUUCACCCUUCAGUAUGAUUGGUUAACUCCACACUCACUCAGAGACUGACCAAUAGGAGAAGGAGCUGAGGGAAAGUGUCUGAGUUGAGUGCUGCUUUAAAUUAAUGAAAUACUGAAUCGCCAGCUGAUGAUUUCAAUAAAAUAGCAGAUUGUCAAAAGGCUCACGAUUAAAUUUUUAUCACGAAUUCGCCCAACUCUAGGCCCCGACCUGAAAUGUUUAAGAACUCUUAUGUCAGUUAUAGUGGUUAUUCAUCUAUUGGUUUUCUAUUAAUGUGUAUUACAAUAUAGUCUCUGCUUAUAAAAGACGAUAGUGUAUGUGCCAAAGCAUCUGUUGUUACUGCUUAUGUUAAUUAACUCAAGUUUUAAUUUUUCUUUAUGGCUAAAUACUUGUAAAACAUAAGCACAGACAAAAAGCAUUAAUGAGUAAUGAAGGUGCACUUGGUUUUGCACUGUACUAUUAUCCAGGAAUCUGUGGUCCCAGCAUGACUUCCUACUGCACUGAGAUGAGUUUUGAUGUGCCUUUUAAAUCUGAACAUUCCUUGUAUAUUUCAUUUGAUUUGUUGUUGUUCAGUCUUUUGGUGUUUUGAUGGUUUUAUCUUCUGUUUUAUACUUGCACUUUUAAUAAAGCCAUGUUCCAGCGGCUCA